GCGAGUUGACAUGGCUUGACUGAUCUCUGCGGGAAGUUUCAGGAAAUGCAACAGGUGGAAGCGCAGAGAGAAUGAACUGUGAACUACUCGCUCGUUAGCGUCCCGGGCUAGCUGCUGUGUAGCCGACUUGAAGGUUCCUGUGGGCGUCGGGCAGGGAAACUACAGCGCUCUGUUUGAAACGUCCCCUCAGGUCAGGUGUCAGUGGCAUCAUGGAUGACAACAACCUGAAUGACUCCAAUGUGAAAGUCGCUGUUCGAGUGCGACCGAUGAACAGGAGAGAAAAAGACCUGAAGACAAAAUGUGUGGUGGAAAUGGACGGGAACCAGACAGUUUUGCACCCAGCUAUUACGAAUGUAAACAAAGGAGACCCCAGGAGUCAGCCAAAGGUUUUUGCUUAUGACUACUGCUUCUGGUCGAUGGAUGAAUCUCAAAACGACAAGUUUGCAGGUCAGGAUGUAGUCUUCCAGUGCCUUGGGGAGAGUCUGCUGGACAACGCCUUCAUGGGCUACAAUGCCUGCAUCUUUGCUUACGGACAGACAGGCUCUGGGAAGUCUUACACCAUGAUGGGCUCUGCAGAGCAUCCUGGUUUGAUCCCUCGGCUCUGCAGCUCCCUGUUCAGUAGGACGGUGCAGGAGGCCCGAGAGGGAGAGAGCUUCACUGUGGAGGUGUCCUACAUGGAGAUAUACAACGAGAAGGUCCGAGACCUGCUGGACCCUAAAGGAAAUCGACAAACACUGAGAGUGAGAGAGCACAAAGUCUUUGGACCUUACGUUGAUGGCCUCUCUCGCCUGGCUGUGGCUAGCUACAAGGACAUCGAGUCUCUGAUGUCGGAGGGAAAUAAAUCUCGCACAGUGGCAGCCACAAAUAUGAAUGAAGAGAGCAGCAGAUCCCACGCUGUGUUCAACAUCAUUCUCACUCACACGCUUAUAGACCUCCAGUCCGGGACUAGUGGAGAAAAGGUGAGCAAACUGAGUCUGGUGGAUCUCGCCGGCAGCGAGCGGGCAGCAAAGACCGGAGCAGCAGGAGAGAGGCUAAAAGAAGGGAGCAACAUCAAUAAGUCUCUGAGCACUUUGGGUCUAGUAAUCUCAGCCUUGGCUGACCAGGGAGCUGGAAAAAACAAGAACAAGUUUGUUCCCUACAGAGACUCUGUGCUCACCUGGCUGCUCAAGGAUAGCUUAGGAGGAAACAGCCGCACAGCCAUGGUGGCCACCAUCAGCCCUGCUGCCGACAAUUACGAUGAAACACUGUCCACCCUGCGUUAUGCUGACAGAGCUAAGAGCAUCGUCAACCACGCUGUGGUCAACGAAGACCCCAAUGCCAGGAUUAUCAGAGAGCUCAGAGAAGAAGUGGAGAAACUCAGGGAGCAGCUGACUGAGGCUGAGUCUAUGAAAGCUCCUGAGCUGAAGGAGCGACUGGAGGAGUCAGAGAAACUGAUCCAGGAAAUGACAGUGUCCUGGGAGGAGAAAUUAAGGAAGACAGAGGCUAUUGCACAGGAGCGUCAGAAGCAGCUGGAAAGUCUGGGCAUUUCUCUCCAGUCCUCUGGGAUCCGAGUGGUGGAUGACAAGUGUUUCCUAGUCAACCUUAACGCUGAUCCUGCCCUGAAUGAGCUGCUGGUCUACUAUCUGAAGGACCACACUCGUGUUGGCUCAGCUAACUCACAGGACAUCCAGCUGUGUGGGAUGGCCAUCCAAGCUGAACACUGUGUGAUUGAUAUUACGGAGAGCAAUGGAGUGGUGCUUACUCCUCACCGCAAUGCACGAACAUGUGUGAAUGGUGCUGCAGUCACCAGUCCAGUCUCACUUCAUCAUGGUGACCGUAUCCUGUGGGGGAACAACCACUUCUUCAGGAUCAACCUGCCCAGGUCCAUGGCUCAGGCAGCAGGUGAUGAGGAAGACGGCGGUGCUGCAAUGAAGAUGUGUCUGAGCACUGACCAGCUGGAGGUGGACUUUGAUGCAUCCAGUGAUGUGUCCAGUGAGCUGAGCUUCAGCUACGAGUUCGCCCAGGCUGAAGUCAUGAUUAAAGGCAUGGGCAACAACGACCCCCUGCAGUCUGUGUUGCAGACCCUGGAGAGGCAGCAUGAGGAGGAGAAGCGCUGUGCCCUGGAGCGACAGAGGCUCAUGUAUGAGCAGGAGCUCCAGCAGCUCCGCCGACGUCUUACUCCAGAGAAACCCUCUAAUCUCCUGGACCCGGCAGGCCUUCUGCCCAGCGGAGCUGCAGCUGGAACUUCACCCACCUCUCAUAAACGCAUGCGGCGCUGGAGCGAGGACAGAGAAGCGAUGAUGACUCGCAGCCUGAGGCGCCUGAGGGAGCAGAUAGUGAGGGCUAAUCUGAUGGCACAGGAGGCUGGCUUCAUCGCAGAGGAACUCAACAAGAGGACAGAGUACCUGGUCACUCUGCAGAUACCUGCAGCCAACCUGAAUGCCAACAGAAAGCGGGAUGUGGUGCUGAGUGAGCCGGCCAUCCAGGUUCGUCGUAAAGGAAAAGGGAAGCAGAUCUGGGCUCUGGAAAAGAUGGAGAACAGGCUGGUGGACAUGAGAGAGCUCUACCAGGAGUGGAAGGACUUCGAUGAGGACAACGCUGUGAUGCGGUCUUAUUUCAAACGUGCGGACCCGUUCUUCGAUGAACAGGAGAACCACAGCCUGAUCGGCGUGGCAAAUGUUUUCCUGGCUUGCCUGUGCUAUGACGUCAAGCUUCAGUAUGCAGUACCAAUCAUCAACCAGAAGGGAGAGGUCGCAGGUCGGCUGCAUGUGGAGGUGUGGCGAGGUACAGAGGGCUCUGAGGACGAUGGUCUGGGUCAGUCUUUCAACCAGCAAAACAACACAGACAGAGAUUCACAGGAGCGCAAGCUGAACUGUGUGAUCAAAAUCCUCCAGGCCAACGGUCUGCCUCGUCACCUCUCCAACUUUGUCUUCUGUCAGUACCAUUUCUGGGGGCAGGAGGAGGCAGUGUUCAUCCCCCCAGAGGUGGCACCAUCUAGUCCUUCUUCCUCCACCUCCAAAGACCCUCAGUGCACGGUUGUCUUUGACAGCGCUAAGGAGCUCUCAGUGCCUGUGUCUGAGGAUUUUGUGGAGUUUCUGUCUGAUGGGGCCGUGGCUAUCGAGGUGUAUGGCCACAAGCAGGCCAACCAUCGUAGAAACCUGGCACUGUGGGACCUCGGAGUGAUUCAAGCCAAGACCCGAUCCCUCAGAGAAAGGUGGAGUGAGGUGACACGCAGGGUGGAGUUGUGGGUACAGCUGAUGGAGCUGAACGAGGCUGGAGAGUUUACAGCAGUGGAGGUCCUCCCUGCUAAAGACGUACGCACUGGAGGAAUCUUCCAGCUCCGACAGGGUCAGUCCCGUCGGGUUCUAGUGGAGGUUCGUCCGGUACCAGACUCAGGCACUAUGCCACUCAUCACUGCCUCCAUCCUCUCAGUGACCAUUGGAGAUGUCAAAGUCCGACAAACACGAAACACCAAAGGCAGCGAAACACAAUGGGGUGGGGAUGAAGAAAUGGACAGCUACCAGGAAGUUGACCUGGAGAGGAUGAGGGAGCAGUGGCUCGACAUUCUCACGCAGAGACAGGAAUAUCUGGACCAGCAACUACAGAAGAUGGUUUCUAAACCAGAUAAGUCCGAGGACGAUGUCGAAAGAGAGUCACAGCUGCUGGAGUGCCGUCUGACUCUCACUGAGGAACGCACUGCUGUUCUGGUGCCAUCAGCUGGCAGCGGCAUCCCUGGAGCUCCAGUAGAGAGUACCACCAUCAGAGUCCCUGUCCCUGGUAUGGAAACCCACAUCCCUGUCCUGUUCUUGGAUCUCAGCGCUGAUGAUUUCCAGUCCAGCCUUUCAGCCCCACUGGCUGGUGGUUUGGAUGCUUUACUGAGUGGAGAGGAGGAUGACGACUUCUUCGACCUUCACAUUGUUAAACACUUCGAGCCUGAGAUAAAAGUGGAGGCUUCGUGGGACUCAACAAUCCAUGACUGCCCCCAGCUGAGCCGGGUCACGUCAGCAGACCAGAGGGUCUACCUGACAGUGAGAGCAGUGGUGCAGCUGAGCCACCCAGCCCACAUGCAGCUGGUGCUCAGGAAACGCAUCUGUGUAAAUGUCACCGGGAGGCAGGGUUUUGCUCAGAGUCUGCUGAAGAAGAUGUCUCAGCGCAGCACCAUCCCAGGCUGUGGAGUCACCUUUGAGAUUGUUUCUAACAUCCCAGGCGACAUCCACGGUCCAGAGGACAGAGAGAUGUUGGCGAGGCUGGCUGCCAGCACUGAGGAUGACCAAUCAGCUGACAGCGAGGCAGCCAUAGAGAAAUACCUCCGCAGCGUCCUGGCUGUGGAGAACAUCCUCACUUUGGACAGGCUCAGACAGGAGGUGGCUGUGAAGGAACAACUGUCUGUCAAAGGAAAAUCUCACAGACGCUGCUUAAGCUCUCCAAACAUCAACCGGCUAUCAGGCAGCAGUCUGGACCUCUACUCCUCCCAUCAUACACUCAGUGACUUGAAGGGCUGGGAGAGCCACCAGGAUCUUUCUCUGGCGCCUCCUUUGGCCAAAAAUACACUGUCAAGCUCCAAAUCCCAGACCCUGAGCCCAGACACAGUACAUUCAGGCUUUGCUGCAUCCUAUCUCCCUCCAGUCAAGGCUGUACCCAAGCUGCUGAAGUCUCUGCUUCCCGGUGGGAAGGAAGAUAUGAAAGAACGGACAGCUGUCCAUCAUCAGAAUGUGCCUCACAUCAUGGUGCAAUCAGCCAGUGUUGAGGAGGGUCUGAGCAAACAUACAUAUCCAGUUCCUAUUGAGGAAAUCUUUCCUCCUGACAUCCACAGAGAGAGUCCAAAGUCCGUUCCCCUACCGCCUCCCAUCAUCCCAGAGACAGAAGAAUCCACCCCUAGCCCUGUUAGCGAAGCAUCCAGCGGAUACAUCUCAACUAGCAUAUCUACUGCAACCUUAUCAGAUGUCUAUACUCUAAGCUGGGACCUUCCACCUUCAUCUGGUUUUGAUGCGGUACCUGAUGAGGAGGAAGAGGAAACUAGAGGCAGACAGUCUCUGCUGUUUUCAGAAAUCAAACCAGCUGAAGAAAGGACUGACUUGCUACCAUUGAAACCAUAUGAUAUCCCAACAGAUUCAAACUGGAAUCAACAGGAACCAAAUGGGUCUCUUUCUGGACAGUUGAAGGAGCAAAGCGGGUCAGCAAUAGUAUCAGACUCUCCAGGCCAAACAAAACUGAUGCAAGACUCAAUAAUGGAACAGUCCGAGUCAAAAGAAAUGGACAGUCCUGAGCCCAUCAACCCUUAUCCCUUAGAAAAGAAGAAUGAAACCAAGCCAACCGAACUUCCAGUAGACCAAUUGGACGCUGUUUCAGCAGAGGAAGUCCAGAUAGCAGCCACAGAAAUACCACUCCACGAUGAAGAACAACCUCGAGAAAACCUGUUUGAAACAAUCAACCUACAGCCUCAACAACCUGAGGGACAGCAAAAAGCUGAACUGCCACUCAACUAUCAACAACAAUUGCAAGAAGAUCAGUCUGAAACAAGCAUCCUACAGCCUCAACAACCUGAGGGACAGCAAAAAGCUGAACUGCCACUCAACUAUCAACAACAAUCGCAAGAAGAUCAGUCUGAAACAAACAUCCUACAGCCUCAACAACCUGAGGGACAGCAAAAAGCUGAACUGCCACUCAACUAUCAACAACAAUCGCAAGAAGAUCAGUCUGAAACAAACAUCCUACAGCCUCAAAAACCCAAAGAAGGGCAAGAAACUGAACUGCCACUCCACUAUGAACCACAAGAACCACAAGAUCAGUUCAAAACAAACAACCUACCGCCUCAACAACCCGAAGAAGCCCAAGAAACUCUCCACAGCGUUCAAGAAAAAGCUCUUGACGUCGUUCCCAGUGUGCUCGAAGUCUUGGAUCCAACUCCUGCCAAAUCUGGAGAUCUUGUCCCUGUAGCUUCCUCUGAGGAACAAACAAAUCCUGAGGAUGUAAACCCUAAUCCUACAUCCAUCCCAUUUUCCUUAUCAAGCAGUGAAGAAGCUCAUCAGGAUCAACCAGACAGCAUAACGACGACCGCCACAGCACCAGAUCCUUCUCCAUCCGCUGUCAAGUCUUCAAAACCAGAUUCCUCAGCGGCAAACCCCUUCAAGAUCCAGAAAGUGAAGUCUUCAGAUCUCAAGUCUUUUCAGGAAAUUGUAGGUGAAGAGGAGGACAAGGUUACUGAUCGUUUGUCUGUGCCAAUGGAAAGCCUGGAAAUAAUCUCUGAUUCUGAGGAAGGAGAUGCAGCUGCUGAUACUCUUCCUGACUGGAUGAAAGAAGGGGAGUUUGUGACUGUGGGGACCAAUAAAAGCGGAACCAUCCGUUAUGUUGGACCCACAGAUUUUGCAAAGGGUACCUGGGUUGGAGUGGAACUGGAAGUACCAGCAGGGAAAAACGACGGUUCGGUUGGUGGCAAGCAUUACUUUCACUGUAACCCUGGCUAUGGUGUGCUGGUAAGGCCAGACAGGGUCACUCGCGGCGGUGUCAAGCGCCGUCGCCAGCAGCAACAGCAAAAGCGUCGCAGUGCCAACUUGUCUGGAUCAAGUCCAAACUUGGCAGCCCUUACCGCUCUCGCCAAGGGUGAGGGUGGUGGAGCGACAACCGGCCGGAGCAGAGGAGACAACCGUAAAUCUUGGAACACGUGAUCGGUCGGUGUAAGUUUAAUGACUGAUCGAUCACCCACAUGAUGCAGCCUGUCAAUGAUGUAAUCAGGUUAACUUUUGUUAAGACUUUCUGUGGAAUAUUUAAAAUGAGCUGAUCUCCUAGUGGCGUUUCUGCAUCUCGCCCUACAGCAAGACUGGACUCCAAAGAUAAGUAUUAAAGUAUCUAUUGGGAGGAAAAACUAUUUUCAUCUUCUUUAUUAUACUUAAUAUAUUUUGUUGAAAAACAAAAUAUUCAAGAAAUAUUGAAUGUUUUAUAAGAAUGUCUACCAUAUUAUUUUUGUAAAUGUGAUGAUUUUUGAUUUCAUUUUUAAUUGUAGCUAUUAGAAAAUCAAUCAAAGGAUUAUCUCUAAACCAGCACAUUUUUGUUUUAGUAUACUACUGCAUCACUUGCUAGGGAAAUACUUUGGACAGAUUCAUAUAGAAACCCCACAUCCAAAAAAGUUGGGACAUUAUAUAUAAUAUAUACAAAAUUAGAAUACAGUGAUUUGUAAUAUUUUCAACUUGUAUUCAGUUGAAUACAGCAAAAAGGCAAGAUAUCUAAUGUUCAAAGUGAUGUUUUUAUGAAGUAUACAUACAUUUUGAAUUUAAUGUUUGUAACUCGAGGCACUCCAGGUAAUCCAUCUGCUAGGGCAGGGGUGUCAAACUCAAUCACAGCAGGGGCCGGAUUCUGGAUUCAGGACUAACCUGAGGGCCUAACAGGGUCACCUUUUUAAACAUAAAUUCUCAACCUUCAACUUUU